UUGCAAAAGGGCAGAAACCGCGUGAAUCUUGUUUAAAUAUAAUAAUUUUUUAAUUGGUGGAUUCAUCGUAUUGAACGACGAGUUUAGGAAAUAAAGCGAUAAAAACGAUAGAGAAGUAAUAACUGCAAAACGCGUUUUUACUUGAAACACUCUCCUCUUUUCCUUCUCCUUUUCUUUCUCUGCCAAUCUCCCCAUCGCUAUAAUAACAAGUCAGUUUCUGGAUCUAGGGUUUGCACUGUGCGUGAUCUCCUUCUCUUCUCCGUCGUUCUAGAGCCACACGUUUCUCAGGAGAUCAAGCGCACACCCAAAACAAAACAAAAACAAAGAUGAGUCAGUACAAUCAACCUCCCGUCGGUGUUCCUCCUCCUCAAGGUUAUCCGCCGGAGGGAUACCCAAAGGAUGCUUAUCCACCGCAGCAGGGAUACCCUCCUCAGGGCUAUCCGCCGCAAGGCUACCCACCGCAGGGCUAUCCUCAGCAAGGAUAUCCGCCGCCGUACGCGCCGCAAUAUCCGCCGCCACCUCAGCAUCAGCAACAACAGAGCAGCCCUGGGUUUCUAGAAGGAUGUCUUGCUGCUCUCUGCUGCUGCUGUCUCCUGGAUGCUUGCUUCUGAUUGGAGUCUUCGAGGGGAUGCUGAUUUAGAUGCAAGAGAGAAUUUGGCAAAGAAAACAAAAAAAAAAAGAAGAACCUUGGUUGAUUUGUGAGAAAUUAAAAAAUGGAUUGCUGGAUAAUCUCUUGUCUAUUAUUCUCUUUCGUUUAUGCUUUUAUGUGCUUGGGUUCAUAGUAACCCUAUUGUUUGCCAACGUUCUGGCUCGGUUUGGAUUUGACUAAUGGGAAUGUAAAUUGUUUGUUGGGGGAGAUACUAUUCCUUUGCCUCAGUCUAUUUGCUUUCUUUAUGUGUGUUGAUAAUCCACCUGAUCAUGUUAGAUUAAACUACAAAUUAUUAUUGGAAAAGUAGAUUCGUGUCGUGUGGAAUUUCCACUGACCAUAUUGUCUGCAAA